AUGGAGCAGACAACUGAACCCAUUCCCCAGAAGGACUCCUUGGAAGCCGCGGUGGAGCGAAGGCUCUUGCCUGCUAACGACGACGGCAGCUCUUUCACCAUCUUCCGGGUCCCUGCCCACAUCCGCGAGGAGAACAGGAGGCUGUAUGAGCCGCGGCUGGUGUCCAUCGGCCCUUAUUACCGCGGCCGGGACGAGCUCCGCGCCAUGGAGCAGCACAAGUGGCGCCUCCUCCGCCAUUUCCUCGAGCGAGCGGGGGCCGUCCCGCUCUCCGACUUCGUGCGGGCGGUUCGAGGCGUCGAGCAGCGCGCUCGCUGCUGCUACAGCGAGAGGACGGCCAUCUUCGACGGCGACGGCUUCGCGGAGAUGCUGCUCCUCGACGGCUGCUUCAUCCUCGAGUUCCUCUUCAAGUGGAACAGGGGCGAGCCGGACCCGCUCUGCGACGUCGGCUGGGGCCUCACGCUGCUGCACUCCGACAUCCUCCUCCUGGAGAACCAGAUCCCGUUCUUCGUGCUCGAGCAUCUCUUUGAUACCUUCUUCCGUGGCGCCGUAUCUCAGGAUAAGCUAAUCAAGAUCCUGCUCAUGCAACUCAAGCUUAAUGGCACCGUCGUGCCCAGACAACUACCACGUCCAGAGGUGAUGGCCGGACACUUCGACCAUUUACUCCACCUUUUGCACGAGAAUUUCGUGCCCAAGCCCGUCGACCUGGAAAUGGAGUUACCUGCCGGAACCAAUGGUUUGACAUCUCUGUCGCCGCCACGGCUGCUGAUACCCUGUGUGUCGCUGCUGCGGGAGGCCGGCGUCACGUUCAAGAAGAAGAUGUCGCCCCGGGAUAUGUUCGACAUAACGUUUGACAAGAACAGGGGCAUCAUGGAGUUGCCGCGCAUCGAAAUCCAUCUGGCGAACCUGCCGCAGCUGAUCAAUCUAAUCGCCCUCGAGCAGAGCAGGGGACACCGCUUUGGUACUCCGGCGCCGUUGACGAACUACACGGCGCUCAUGUCGUCGUUGGUCAGAUCUGGGCAAGACGUCUCCGUACUACAGAGAAGCGACAUCAUUGACAACCUGCUUUCCAACGAUGACGAAGCGGCCAUCAACUUCUUCAGCCGUCUGGGUGAUCCCUGCACCAUGCACUACAGCGACAACCUGUUCGCUCAACUGUUCGACGAUGUGAAAUGCUACCACGAUUCUAGAUGGCACAAGCACAGGGCGAUGUUUAAACGUGCCCACUGCAAUACUCCAUGGUCCAUCAUCGCCCUCGUGCUUGCAAUCAUAACUUUCUUCUUCACGUUCUUCAAUAACUUGCCAAACAACGGUCCCACCUACUACUACUACUGCCUAAGCCAACAAUUACUCCCGCACCUCGUCGGCGUGCACGGGGCUGCCGUCCGCGCCGACCACCGCGACUGCUAUCCACGCCGACCGUGGCUGCCAUCCCUUGCCAUCGUCGCGACUGCCAGAGCCAUCUGCGCCGACCCGCUGUACGUGCACGCGCUCGACUACUUCACCGGGAACAACAGGGUGCGCGACGCCAUCACUGCCAAGCUCGUCGGCUACCUCGCCCGCGCCGAGGAGAUCCGACAGGCGCUCGUCGGUGACGACGUCGCUCGCGUGGCUGCCGUGGCGGCUCCUACAGCGGAGCUCAAGAAGGAUAGCAAGGGGAACGACGGCGGAGGCGGAGGCGACUCGGAGCGGGCCAACCUCCGGGCCGGGCUCCACUCGGCCAUCGUUUCGGGGAAGCCGGACGUGAGGUGGAGCGACGUCUUCGGGCUGGACGGCGCCAAGCAAGUGCCGUAG